AUGUUGUGGCAUGAAGAGGAAAAGCUCGAGCCGAUGCCACCGCCGCCAGCACCACAGGCGUCUCCAGACGUACGUUUUGUAUAUGCUCCUCAACCAAAUAAAGCUCACAAUGGCUCGGAUGAUGACGAAGAGCUCUUGAUACCGCAAUCUCCUCCCAUCCCACACACUCACCCGUUGCUGACACUAAGCGAUGAAAGUGCACGCAAUCUCAGGUUACAACAGGAAAAAGGAGGAAUGGCGAUUUACAGUAGCGAAAAAUUACGUCGUCAUCGGUCAAUUGCUACGCAAAAGCGACUAAAUGCGACGUUUUUGAGCCGAGCACUGGAAGAACCUAAAGAAAAUGUCAAUUCUGUUGCAGCUGAGACGAGGCAUUCCAGUUGUGGUCUUGCAGUGCAACUGCAGUUAUCAAAAAAGGACAUGAAAGAGAUGCAAGUAUUGACGCAAUUGGAUGAACAAGAGAGGAUCGUUGCUGCAACCGAAGCUAGUUCGAAACGUCACGAGUUGUUGGAGACUGUUCGCCAAGAGGUGAGUGCGAGCAAGUGGAGAAACGAAAAUGGAGAUACUGAUCGAGGGCUGAGCAAUGAAGCCAGAGAGAGUGCACUGGUGCGUGCUAGUGAGAGAAAAGUGAGAAAGCAGCUGAAUGCCAAGUGGGUGCAGACGCGAGAGGAUCCUACUAAUCGUCCCAAGGGACCAUUGGAACGACCAGAGGAGCGGGACUUGAGAGAGACGUUGUUUCGGACUACACCAAGUGACUUGAUACGGUCGGGUGUGCUCUAUGAUGAAGUUGACGCAGCACGUAAUGUUACGUUUGGACCGAUGAGCAUAACUCAUUUGCCUGUAAUUUCGAGCGGAAUUGUGGGAUUGGUUGGAUGUUGUUUUGAAAAGUAUGAUCAUACAAAUUGA